AUGGACGCUAUAACAUUCCGCUUGGCAGAGCCUGACGACUUCGAUGAAAUCGUUAAACUUUCUAAAGGAAUCUAUGAAGGACACGACUAUCUACCGUUAAAGUUUCACAAGUGGCUUCAAACAAACAAUAUGGCCGUCAUUCUGGCUCAUUCCAGCGACAACAAACUGAUUGGUUUAGUGGCAUACUCCAUUGUCGACGAUCAUCAAACAUUUGUUCGCCGCGCAGAACGCAUUCAUCAAGAUCUUCGUGGCCAGGGUCUUGCCAGAAAGCUCAGGGAAUAUGCGAGAAACCAUGCCAGACAGCGCUUUCCAAACCUAACACGAGUACGAUUUACGACCAAAAGUGAGAAUGUGAAUUCUCAGCAUCAUAGAAAACUCCAGGAAUGGAAUAUUCUUGCAUAUGAGGUUGAGAUAAAAUACUGCAGGCAGGCGCCAGCGCCCAUGAAAAAAUCGGUCGAGAUCAAAUCAUACUCACGUGAAUAUUUCACGGAUAUUAUUCUUCCUAGCCUCGGAAGAGCAAAACUUUUUCCUCGAGAUGUCAUCGUCGUGAAUUGGUUUCCUUUUGAACCUCUCCGAUCGAAUAUCGAUCAAAUUUUGGAAGAUAGAAACGAACUUUUUGGCGAAGAUUGCGGCGAUGAUUCUAUGCCUCGAUCGUUCAGUUUUGGAACUUAUUUGCCGACAGAGAAGUUCUUAGAUUGGCAAGCUGUGAUUUAUACAGAUGACCCUGCUCUUUAUGAAGCUCAUCUUUUAUGUCAAUUCAAGCGUGCAUGCGAAUUCAUUAGCAGCGAUUUUGUUUUCGUGUCUCUUCAUGACAAGAGCUGGACUGAACUCACUAAAAACGUGAUGGAGGAACAACUACAGUUAAAAGUUCAUGGAUUAAAAGGGACGAUGUAUCUAUAUGAGAAAGAUUUAACGAGCUAA